AAGACAAGCUGACUAAUUCUUAUAAAGGGAAUUGAUUGUGUUCUACGAAGGAUAUAUUUUCAAAUUGUAUUUUGACAGGAUGUGCUUUUGCCCUACACUUGGUCUCAAAAUUGGACUUUUGCUUAUAAUACCUAUAACGGCAGGAAUUAAUGGUGCUCAAAUAGCCAAAGAUGUUUCUAUGUGGAAUUUAUUACAGGGAUACCAUUAUAUUAUGCUUAUUAUAAGUUUAUCCGUUUCCAUAGUUAUACUGGCGACUCUAGUUCUUUUAGUCUAUGCGGCGAUCUGUGAUAAAAUUCGAAUUCUAAAAGUGAUGAUCUUUGUUUAUGUAGCAAUCGUCGUGGUGAAACUGAUAAUUCUGUUCGUGUGCAUAAGUACUGAAUUGAAUCCUGACAAGACGGCAGCUCAUCCCAUAUUUAUGGUUUGCUGGCUCCUUACGUUCUUAUGUAUGGCCGCUAUAAUACUAUACUGGCUUCGGCUACAUGACCUUGCCAACGAAGACUAUUAAAGUGGAAUUAUUGCAUUGAAAUGAGAAAAAGCUAGUUGAAUUCGCAAAUUAUAAUGGCCAUCUUUUGGUCAUACCAUCGAAAGCAGUGUCAUUUUAGGUCAAUAAUAUAUAUUCGUAUUUUUCGGAAAAGUAUGGUGGAUAAUGAGGAAACAGGAGUCAUUCAGAGAUUACUCAGCGUUGGGAAGCUACAGAUCUACAAGUACAUA